AUGCCUGUCCAGCUGCUGCCAGCCUCCGCGGCGGCUUUUGCCCCAAGAGCCUCAUCGGUCAACGUCGUGCUAGGAUCCAAGGUCGAGCCGUGGUUGACCCAGACACUGAAGCGCAUCAACCGAGUCAAGCGUCCCCUCAACAGCGUCCCCCAGCACCAAAGAUGUCUUACCGAGACUCUGUCCUCGCCCAACGCCAUCUGGACUCUUACAUCCAUCAUGCUGCCCAAGGCCCCGGAAUCCGACUUGCGCCAGGACUCAAACCCCCUCGUCGAGGCCCUCUUCAACUAUCAGCUUCUCCACAUCGAGGCCUACAUCGUCCACGUCGACAUGGUCCUGCGCAACGAGGUCGCCUUCAAGCUGACCUCGGACUCAAUAGACGCUCUUGUCGAGUACCACAAGGAGAUCCACUGCGUCGACUCAAAGGCAAACACGUACGACUGGUCCGAGAAGGACCAACAGUGCAAGAAGCUGCACGACGAUUUCGUCCAGGCCAUUAACAAGUUUGUCUACCGCACCCACGUCUCCGCUCUCGAGGGCCUCGAGGAGGAAGGUGCCGGUGAGCUGCUGUCCGGCAAGAGCGACGAGGUCAAGAACAGCAUCAUGAGCUUGAUGAAACCCUUGCUGCCUCCUCCUCCCCGUGUUGUCGAUGUCAUCAGGCAGCCUCCCCUGCUCCCCAGCUCGCCCGCAAGCGGAAGCAUCUGGUCGCAGCCUCCCACCCCCGCCCACCUGCCCGCCGUCGACGCAUGGAGAGUUCUGCCUUCGAGCCCGAGCAUCGCAUCCACCUCUCAGGAGUCAACACCCAUCUGGGCCAACAUUGGCAUGAGCGACGUCCAAAUCCCCUCCCCCACGCCCUCGUUCAGCCAACCAUUCUCCACCGCCGGCUUCUACUACAGUGCACCCGCCAUCACCGCGCCCAUCCCGGCCCUGCCGCUCCCUAGCAUGUUCACCCCGCAAUGCGGCGUGAGCGUCGGCUACGGCGGCUUCGGCUGGGAUCGCUACCAGGAGUACGCGACGACCAUGUGA